ACCGUGAAGUUAGGUUAGAUUAGGUAGGUUUCUUUGGUUGGUUAGGUCAUGUUCUAUUAGGUUCUCGUGAAUGUUGCUUCUUUUAUAAUGAUAAGAACAUCUGUUGAAAAAUUGAACAAAAUCUAACUACUUCUGGUGGUAGUGGUGUUCUCUGACAUUACCACAUUUAAAAAAAAUAUACAUGUCAGGUAAGGUUUUCAAAGUCUUUUUUUUGGAGUUCUUUAGUAUUUUACUCCACAUUUUCCCUCUACUGCCCACUUUAAACAACCGAUAUUGUUGGUAAUUGGGUAGUUCUUAUGGGUUAAAAUAAUCGAAAAAUAUAAAUUUGUGUUGGAAAUGUAAUAGUAUACUGUAUUAACAACAGACCUCUGCCAAUUUUUAAUAGAAAACGAUUAUUAAAAUGCUGUGUUUUACAUUGGACACUAGUAAUUUGUGCAAAAGUGGUUAUUUCUAAAUUAAACCUAACCUAACCUUAGUUGAUAAGAAAAAGAAGCAGCAGAAUCGUUGUUAGAUGACCUCACCAACCUAACCAAACAAACCUACCUAACCUUACCUAACUUCCUAGCUGGCGGCUCCGACCCUUGGACACCUCGGUAUAUUAAACAGAACGAAAACUUACUAUGAUAUGGUGUAAUUCUACGAUUUUUGUGGACGUGAGAGCAGCCGCCCAUACCAAAAGCUAAUAAACUGGGCAUCGGAGUUGAUACGUCAAUAUGAUUGGCUGUUUACAUCCUGGGAUGAGACGUUACCACCAAGAAGACAAACUAGUGCCCACCUAUGUGCCUAAUUAUCUCCCAAAUGAAGUAUUUGCAUAAGAAAUGAUUAUCUUAUCAGAACUUACUGAUGAAAAUGUAGUAAGAAAAUAAACAUCAAAACAAAUAACGCGUCCUUGGGUCAGUCGUCAAUAUUUACCAUAGAUUUUUUUUUGCAUUCUCUCUAUAUAAAUAGAAAUAUGAAAUUCCAUGUUUGACGUAAAACAAAUCAUUACUUCUAUUUUUGUUAGUAGUUUCCACGCACAACAGAAAUAUGUUUAGGUAUGUUUAUAGCUACACAACGAUUGAAUCAAUGAGAAAUAAAUGCCAAAUGCUUCAAGCGUAAUGGUCAACUAUAGUUCUCAUGUUUGCCAGUAAUGGACGAUUAGCCAAUGAGAGCGCACUCGUGGUAAAAUAGCAUUAGUAGGAACUUAACCAAUCACGGCAAAAUAUCUACCACCUAAGAAAUAAAUAAAUAUAAAAGUGGGGUAGAAGUGCCGUUUAGAUUAAUGACCAUAAUACUGGUCUUUUAUUGUCAUAAUUUAAAUUAAAAUGUUUGCUUUAAUGCACAGAGAUAUGUGAAUGGGUAAAAAAAAAAAGACCAAUGAAACACUUAAGGAAAUCAUAAAUAUGUACUGUAGUUUUCAUGCAUCCCAGGAACAGACAACGACCAUCACAAGUACAGUACAGGUAGUUUGAUUGCAACAGGAAUGGACCACUGAGUACGUGCUGCCAGACUUGAGUGUAUACCACAGUAGCUCGUUCCUGCAAAAAUCAGAUGUAGUUCAGUGAUGAAGUUUAAUUUGACAAAGAAAAGAAAAUGACACGCAAAAGAAAGUUAAGUGAAAUGGAUGACGUAGAAUGGGGCGGGAUGGAAGAUGUUACCAGGAAGGAUCCCUUACAGUCAGCAUUGGAAUUAAAUGGUAUCCACACUGUCUUUAUCGUGGAUAAGACCCAAGAGCAAGUUGUCAAUGACAAUAGAUCGGAAUCUCAAACUGAUGAAAGGACUAGUGAAUCCAGUGAGGAAAAGAAGAAAUCCAGCACCAAAAUUAAGAAGAUCUCCGGUGCAAUGAGGUUGAAGCAGAUGUCCCUCAACUGUGAGUGGAACAUGUGUACAGCUGUUUAUAAGAAGAUGGAACGAUUCAUAUUCCAUAUUGCUGACCAUCUUGCUGUAACAGAACCUCCGUCGGGUGAUGGGCACCUGUGUCACUGGAGAGACUGUUGGUUUGUCUGUAACACAAAGGAGGAGUUGGACCGCCAUGUGUACUUUCAUGCCUUUCAUACCAAGACCAAGUCUAUGGGAAAAGUUUUAAUGGAAGAGAGACAGGAACAGUGUAUGUUGGACAACAGUGGUCGCAACAUGAUACCAGAGAUUCCAGAAGCGUUUCAGUGCAUGUGGGAAGACUGUGAUCUUAGAUUUGCCUCUGCACAGGAUUUUUACUGGCAUGUUCAUGGCCAUGUGAGAUGUGUUGACUCUACUGGAGAAACGAAAAAGGAGUUUCUAUGUUCCUGGGAGGGUUGUGCAGCAACUUUUAUACUACAGAGUCGGCUCAGAGAUCAUAGCCGCAGCCAUACCCAAGAAAAAGUGGUGGGAUGCCCCAACUGUGGUGGAAUAUAUGCUUCCAACACCAAGUUCUAUGACCAUUGUACCCGGCAGAUUCCUCUGUAUUCUCAGCAGUACCAGUGUUCUCACUGCUCAAGAAAAUUUGCAAAUGAGAGAUUGUUGCGGGAUCACGUGCGGCACCACAUAAACCACUUUAAGUGUAAUGAGUGUGACAUGACCUGCCCAAACAAGUCAGCCUUGGCUGUCCAUGUUCGAUACCGGCAUAGUACAGAACGACCUCAUAAGUGUCUGCAGUGUGGUCGAGGUUUUACAGGCAUAACGGACUUAUCCCGACAUCUGUCUGUCCAUUCUGAGGAGCCUCCAUAUCCCUGUCCUGAUAACACCUGUGAGUUUAAAUGUCGUGCAACUUCUACUUUGAACCGACACAUUAAAACGGCCCAUAAUGGACUAAGAAAGGACCACUAUGCUUGUCACAUGUGCAACUCAAAGUUCAAUAUUGGAAUUUUGCUGACCAGACACCUGAUAAAAGAGCACAGCUUUCACUCCCAGCCAGUAGGACACACUCGGUUCAGGUACAAGCAAGAUGAUGAUGGGUUUUAUAGACUACAGACAGUUCGGUAUGAAAGCAUUGAACAGACACAGGAAAUGUCAAAUGAAGAUGAGGAAAGUAUGCUGGAGGAACAAGUAGAUUCACCUCCUUCAUCUUCAGCAUCACAGAUCUCUAAAGCUGACCGUCCUACACAAAAGUGGAUAAAGGACCGUGAGAGUCCAGAUGACUGGGGAACCCUUGAUCCUCACAAGCUACUGAAUUUGAAAAAUCCUACUUCUCAAAAACUUGGUGAAUAUGAAGACAUUCUAUUGCCAUCACAGUUUUAGCUGCCAAUUGCAUGAAAUGUGGAGGAAAAUUUACAUGAAUCUGGUUUGUAAGUGAUAAGAGUACUGGUAUGGGGGGGUCUCCAUUAUACGUUAGGAUGUGUUCCAGAGAAACGUGACAUACAGUGAAUCUUUUUAUAAUGAGUUUUCCCCAUAAGAAUUAAUGUAAUUACAGGUACUGUAUAUGCAUUCCAUUGUGUACAGUAAUACCCCUUGAAAGUUCAGGAUUUUUGCCUAGAAAGAGAGAGAACUUUCAGCAAAUUAAUUUAACAUGGAAUCACUAUAACUUAGUGCAUGUACAGUAGCUAAAACACUAUCUGUGCAUGCUUUGUGGGAAACAAUAUGAGACCAUGGAUGAUAAAUUUUGGUAUACGAGGGCUGUCACUAGUCAUACGUAAAAUUUUGGAGCAUAUCGACCCCCACCUGCACAGAUAGUUGUUUUAGCUACUGUACAAGUAUUUGGGUAUGGAGAUACAUUCCUAACAACAUUAAUUAUUACCUUUGAAUGAUACAUGAUGGCAUGAUUUUGUGACUUGGGCACUUAAACAACUGAUUAGUGUAUAAACCAAGGCAUAUGUAGAUAAAAAAAAAUAUUAUUAUAAAGGGAUCUUGGGGCAAGAGUUGUCCCUUCAGUACAGCCAGCAACCCUCCAUCACCUCCUCUCCUCAGCUACUUGCCCAGGUGUAGUUUUGUAUAUUUUUUUCGCUCCAUUUCUUUACAUACAAACCCUCCAUUGUAUAAUAAUUGAAUAAUUCUUUUUUUUAAUUUCAAUUUUUUGGUGUGGGAACACUCCUGUGAAUUAAACAUCUGUGGUGAGGUAUACAGUAGUCCAGCAAGUCAGUCGCAGGUGGUUUGGUGACACUCCACCUCCCACACACAAUUUUCCUCCACUGUCUUAAUAUACAGUAUUUUCUUUGUUCAUGAGGAAUACUUGCACAUUAUGAAUUUUCUCAAAAUUGUGUGGUUAUUUACAUAUAGCAAUGGUGUUAGUGUGCAGUUGUGUUGGAGGUAACUGAUGUAUUUUAGCAUCAUAGACUUGAACACUUAAUGGGCACUUUUAUUACUAAUUAUUUUUACAUUAUUUUAGAUGUUAACACUAUUUGUGCAUCACAUUCAGAUAUACACGGACUUAAGUUUAAAACAGUGGACGAUGCAGUUGAAAUAUAUGCGAAACAGAUGAUGUACAAUACAAUGAACAUUUCUUAAAUUUCUUCAUCUGUUAAUGACCUACAGUACUGUAUAUGUAUAUUGGUACAAUGUAUAAUGAGAACCCCCUGGACAUAUGUAUUUCCCUCAUAAUAAAUUUUAAUCAGGAUUAAAGGUUUACAUUUAUGUCAUGAUUAGUCUCCUGUUAUAGUAUUACAUAACUUGCCCCCCAUAGUAACUACCUCGUAAAAUUGUACCAAGUUAUCAAAAAUUGCAAUACUGUACAAUAAAAUUAAAAAAAAUAA